AUGAAUAGCUAGAUUUUGAUUAUUGAAUCAGCAUUAUUAUUUCUGUUUGUGAUUGCUUUGUUUAUUUUUAAAGAGUGGGAAUGUAAUCAAAAGAUUAAUUAAGUUACUAUUUUCUAUAUUAAACAUAAGUAUAUUUUUAUUGGAAAUAAAGCGUAUAAGUGAAUCAAAUUGUAAUUAUACACUAUUGAAAAUUAGAUGUUUUAAUAGCUAUUUCAGGUUUUAUUAUGAUAUUAUUAUCUUAUAAGGAGUUGAAGAAGGAGAAGAAUGA